GCCAUAGUUGAAACCUGAAGUGCUCUCUACUGAAAAGUGUACUAUCGUUAAGGCAACGUAGUGUAGAUAUUACUUCAACGUGAUGUGACUGCAAGUAGAAAAGACAGGCCAUAAUUUCAUGGAACAAUAUGCAUCCAAGCGUAAGUGACUUCAUUCACAAAGCAGCAAAACCCCAUCACCGGUUCGAUUCACCCAAAACCCGCUAUGACGUCAUCGACAACCGAGUCUUACACCGACUUAAGGUUCCCCACGAUCACCACCUAGAACGCAGUACCGGUUUGGACGCGCGUCAUUGAGCCACACGCGCUGCUGUCAUCGGGGUCGCCAUCGUACAGCGCGUGUUUCGUGACAAUAGUAACGCACCUCUGGUACGUGAACCAGGCAUUUUGAUUUCGACUGUAAUUACCGUUGGUCCUAAUGUUUCCGUGUUGUGUAAACAAACAUUGUUUCGGUGUCCACUUUACGAUACAAAAGAGCAAAAAAAGUGUGUCACAGUUGCGUUACAAAUGUCCAGUAUCUUUCUCGAUAAGCCAAAUGUACAUGUUUUAUCAAAUGAAAGCUGAUACUUUGUGCGUGCAAUGUCCGGUGGACGGUGUAUGUCUUUGAAGAGGUUACCCAAUCUUGGUAGUGAAGGUCUAUCGAGAAGAUCUCGAAGCCCGAUAAGAGUGAUAAGCAAUAAAUGCUACUGUAGCUCUGUACUGCAGUGCGAGGAUAGCAUUAUACCAUGUGAUUGUGCGAAAACUGAAGUUCCAAGGUGAAUAAGUUGGAGGUAUUUCUGUGUGAUUUUGCUUUAACUCACCUAGAAGAAGUUUAUAAAUAUAGAUAAAACAUUGCCCUGUUUUCUACAGAAAUCUUGCCACGUUCUGCAGCGUUACUAGACACAGAACCUUGAGUUACAUUAGGAAUUCCUCUCAUUACAUGCUUGGAAUCGUAAACAAUUGAAGAUUUCUUAACAACAUUAGUAACCCGACACCACACACGUAAACGCAUCGCAGAUCUAUUGAAAAGCGUUCAGUUUUCAAUUGCAUCGAGCGCUGCACAAGUGUUUGGGGUUGGGCCCGUGUGGAGGUCAUUAAAUUUGCAUUAAGUGCAGCUGAAUUGAUGUGUGUAUGUUGUGGCUAACACCGCCGUACACAUUGGUGUGUGGAAUCUCAACCGGAGUAGACGGACCAAGGCACCCAACGGCACCCGAUUGGAGUUGAUUCGAUAAAUUGUUGAAAAUGUGUUCGAGUACGAUGACAAUCUCACGAUAAAUGGAUCAUCCGUAGGGCAUGUUAUUCAUUUGAUUAGAUGUCCAUUAGUAAGGUCACUACCGUGAAAGUACCAGCGAAACGGACAGGAUGGGUAAAACUACCAGCAAACUGGAUAAACGACGCUCCCAGAGCAUUUCCUGGAGUUACAAAUUCGGUACGGCCAGCCGGCGGAAGAAGCAUGCCGCCCUCGUUAUCACCUCGCUGCCCCAUAUGGAACUGGCCGAAUGGUUGCAACGGCUUGACCUGGCCGAAUACGGUGAUAAAUUCAAAUCGUUUAAUGGAGUGGAGGAGCUACUGUUUCUUGGGGAGGCAGACAUUAAAAAGCUCGGCAUCCGCAAUAACGCACACCGGGCCCGAAUCGUCAGCAGUUUGGUGGCUUUGCGAGAGAAACUCGUCCAAGAGUCGCACGUGAAGGCAGCGGCAAAGAAUGGAACGGACACACAUCAGAACAGGGCACAGAUGCGGCACAGCGUUGCAGUGGAUGGUGCUAGAAGUGUGAAGACGUACAGUACGGCAACGGAAAAUGAUAGCAUCUAUGAAUGUCUGACGCCGGCCAACACCAAGCAGAGUAAGAGCUGUGGCGAUCUGUUAGAUAUGGAAACGACACCGGACGGCGGAAAUGAAGCCGUUGCACUGAAGAAAGCACUCGAGUGGGAGCUAUCGCUGGACUCGCGCGACUUACGAUCACACGCCUGGUACCAUGGGCCGAUACCGCGGCAACGGGCGGAAGAGAUCGUCCAGAGGGAGGGUGACUUUCUGGUGCGGGACUGUGUUUCACAGCCGGGCAAUUAUGUGCUCACGUGCAAAACUAAGGGACCGACGUUACACUUCGUGAUCAACAAGCUGCUUCUCCAACCGGAAACCGUAUACGAACGCGUGCAGUAUCAGUUCGAGGAUGAUGCCUACGAUACAGUUCCUGAUUUGAUUACCUUUUACGUAGGCUCGGGAAAAUCCAUAUCGGUCGCAUCGGGAGCAAGAAUUCAAUUUCCGUGCAACCGAACGUACCCGCUCUCGUUCUACGCUGGCAAGUGUCCACAGAAUGUCGUCGGUAUGGCGGGCAUACGAGGGCCCAGCCCACUCAACUCACCCUCACCGGUACCUUCUUCACCGGGCUUUAGGUAUAAUCCGUACACGCAGCAGACCAGCACCUACCGCAGCCCGAUGUCAUCGCCACCGAGAACAAAGCGCGAAACUCCGCCACGGUUACCGAGCAAAAAGCAACGCUCCCAAUCGCUCACACCACUGCACGGUGGACAUAGUCCACAGCAGAAGUACAGCAGUGCUGACGGUGUCAUUAGCGCCACUAAUAAUAAUGGUGGAGUAGAAGGUAAACCAAACACCACGAAGCCAUCGCGACUUGUGGAUACACCGGAAAAGUGCAACAGUGCUGAUGGUGUGAUACACAACAAUGACACCUCAGCUGGCAACGGACGAUCGCUCCCAGGAGGAGAGGAGAAAAGCUCAAGCGCGGACGGAGUGGUGGUAAAGUCCCAGACCCUUACACGUCCCAAUUCGACUGAUCCGAACGGUUUGGGAUCGUUAAAAAGUAGCUCUCAAUCGUUGCCGCGCUCGGCUAGUCUACGUUCGUCCCAAGGCAAACUCAGUUCUCGUGCGUCCAGCAUUAACAAGGAACCUAGCGAACAUUCGCUGAGUCCAUGCAUCGAGCAGAAACAGUUUGCCGAAGACGAGGAACACGGACAACCACCGAGUCCCCCACCGAAACCGAUACGCGGUAGCGGAGCACUGCAACGGCGAGACUCCAUGAAGGACUCCGACACACAAUCCGUACAGGGCGGAGGUACACACGGUGGACGUGGUGGGAUGGGAUCGUACCAUCCGAGUGGAUCCGAUUCGGGCAACGGUUCGGGAGAUUCGGCACAAAGUUCCGCCACCGGUGAAGAGCUGGCAUUACCCGCCCGAGGCGUUGGUGGAGUCGUACUACGGAAUCCUCGCUUUAUUCCCACAUCUCUGUCGUCGGUUACGUUACGUUCACACGCGGAAAUUGAUCCCGUAGCUGCAGAGGAGGCUCUGCAGUCGAUGCAGAUACCCACCUACGAGCAGGUGUCCCGAUUUGAUCUGGAAAACUUUAACACACUGUUGCUUCCGUUCUGUGACUGUAAACCACUGGACAGUGGUACGCUCAACACCGUCCGGAUGAUGCUGUGCGAGUCUGGACCGCGUGUCAUUGCGAACCAUCUGACGCGGGUUGACAUUGGAUUGAUAUUAGAAAAAGAAGACACCCGAAAAGAUGAUCUACUGAGCUGUACCGGGUUGGAGUUGAUCACGCUCGAACAUGGAAAGCAGUACCGAUUGGAUUUGAUAGAGCGCACCGAAUGUAUGAAGCUGCUCGUUGCUGUUACCAUCCUAACCUGCCAGAGUGAUCUGGAGCGGGCAGAAACGCUCAACAAAUGGAUCCAGAUAGCAGUGGAAACGAAAACUGCCUUGGGUAACCUGUUUGGAUUCAGUGCCAUCAUGUUAGGACUCUCGAUGCCGCAGAUUCAAAAGCUAGAAUCGACCUGGCAUACACUGCGUCAAAAGUUCACCGAUAGUGCAUUCAACUUUGAAGCUAAGCUAAGGCCUACGCUAAACAGCAUGAACGACUGCUCGAAUCCACAGGCACCGAACACGACCAUCCCACACAUACUGCCGUACGUACUGGUUAAGGAUCGCACAAUAAAUGAUGUCUUUGCAACCACCUCGGGACCAUGUCCUUCGUUGAUCGCAUCAUGUGUUACACCGUGGGAAACCAUCACACAGGACUUUGGGUUUUCCGUACUCUUUGCUCACCUGGAUGCGGCACGCAGCUUUAUCAAUAACAUUUCACUCUACAAAAAGAAUGCUCAAACUAUCAUGCAGGACACUAGCCGACUGGAUCCUCUGAUGGAGGAUGCUUUCAAGACUGAAUUUCAGAUGAAAUUCCUAUGGGGUAGUAAGGGUGCACUGGUACCAGCUGAGGAGCGUCACGCCAAAUUCGAACACGUACUCACCGUAAUGGCGGAGAAGUUCUGCGGUGAUCCAUCGGCCGGUUAAGAUGCUCUAGUAUGAACUACUGAUGUGAAUAGUAUCGAAUGACUAUACUACAUGGCAGACAUCUCAUUUUCCAUCUCUAUUACUAUUACUGCUACUACCACUACUACUACUACUACUAAUACUACUACUUCAUCGAUCCGGAUGCGUAACUUUUGCUAUGGGAAUUGAGCAAAAACUUACACAUCGUAGGUUCCACUAUUUUUUAUGUACAAAAUGUAUUGCUAAAUAAAUUAGAGAAGAAAAAAGAAAAAGGAUAAAAUUGAAACGUAAACAAUAGAUAAAAAUGUAGCCUACAUUCUAUUUCGAAUAAUACUCAAAUUGAUAGACAAUUUGCGAGUAAUGAUUGAAACCACAAAUACCACAAACCACGAAUCAAACAAUAAGGAUAUACAUUUGGCAUCAGCGGAACGGCUUUAGGGGAACUUGUAGCAUGAAGCUAAAUGCAAAUAUGAAGCACGAAACUUUACAGUGACACAUUGUUGGGAUAAUUUGCGAACGACCAAACAACAGCUAAUUUGAAAUAAUGAUAAUUUUUUAAAUAAUAGCAAAUAAAAUCCGCAACUGUACUGCCAAAUGAAGCAACGAUCAAUACACGAACAAGCAAACAAUGCAUUACUAUAGAAGGGGUAAUUAACACUCUGGCAGACUUGGUUUGUUGGUAGGGAUUCUGUCCCAUCCCGGGUUUUGCUGUGUACCCGGCUACACUAUAUGACAGACCCGACUAAUAGCGCAUAAUUUUGCAAUAUAAAGAACUAGUAGCAGUUUAUAUCGAAUCGAAACAUAAAAAUGAGACACAGCACAGGCAGAUUCGUGCCAUCCGACUAUAGUAGCCGGUUGUAUGCAGUAGAAGGAACAAUAGAUGAAAAAAUGUGUAAAAUCUAGUCAAAAUAUACCAAACGCGUUUACUAUACACAUUGAUUCAUAAUCGAUAAGAUAAAAGUGAGAUAGGAGUUGCUUGAUUUAUUUGCGGAUAUUGUUUUGAAACUAAUUGUAGUGUAUGCAAAUUACUUUAUAAACGCAUACCUUACAUUUUCUACCGUAGGGUCUGAAAAGAAGAAGAAAAAACAUUUUCUAAAAAGAAAAGCAAAGUAAAGCAUAUUGAUAAAAACAUUUUGUGAACAUUCUAUCUAUCAAAUUUGGGGGAUGGGGGCAGAAUACGGUAUAAGAUGGACGUAAGAGAGCAGAAUCAAAUGUAUGUAUAUGAUCUACUAGGGUGAACCAUAACUAAAAGCAUUAUCUAUUCAACGGUGUACGAUAAGGUAGUUCAGGAACCAAUCUCUUUACGUUGACGCACUAUACAAAUCAAGCAAUAUGUAAUAGUGGUAUAAAGCGCGGUAAGCGAACCUUUUCCCUACAAGGCAUCUGGUUUAUAAAACCACAACAAAAAUAUCAUUAUCCAUCAGCAAAAUCGGAACCGAUGUAGUUGGUGCUGGAUCUAACUUAGCCAAGAGUGUCAAGUUUAAGUUUUUCUCAGGUGUAACGUUUAGACUGCAGCGAGGUUAGACAUGAGUAAUGGUAAUAUCUUGCUAGUAUCAUGUUUGAUGUUUUACACAAUUGUUACCACAAAACACACUUAAAGCUCGAGUUGAGUUGCAUGAACAAAAUAUCCCGUUGAGUAUAUACAACACUCGAUCGCAACCUUCGUUUUAAAUUGACUAAUAGAUUUGCAAAGUGAAAAACGUGCAUUAAAACAGCGUCGUGAAUGGUUAUUAUUGCAUAAUCCAAUAUUAUUCUUUUCGCUUACCUUCAUAUUUUGCUGUAGAUCCAAAAUGAAUCGAAGCUGUAGCUACUAUUUACUUAAACGAAGUGAAAAUACACUGACAGAUAUCAACUGGAAGAAGCACGAACAUUAUAUUGAUUUAGUUGAGGUCUAAUUGAACCUCCAACGCGGUUAGCUAUAACACACCGAAUGCGCGUGUGUGUGCCUCAGAGGAAGGUUUAUCUACGGCGUAAGUGUUUUGUAAUUUGUUUGAUAGUAAUUUUUAGUGCAUGAACUAUCUACAUAAGAGGAUUCAAAACUGGUAAAAAGGGAACCGAUUAUGAAAUCUCCAUUUCAACCUAGCCACAUAAAGGAAUGGCGCAUUAAACCCUUAUACUUCCGCUGUAUGGUGCAGAGACUAACGAUUAAGAACCGAUAUGGAUAUAUAGGCUGGAAUGAAUUUCAAACAGUUUGAGUUUUGUAACACGUUUCACUAAAAUCAGACAAAUAGAAAGCGACGAAUAUUAGGAAAUGAAAGGGGCUAAUCGGCCGCAAAAGGGUGGUAUGUAACUGAAAAGUAUUAUAUAUAUAUAUACAUAGUUAUGGAAACAAAGUACUUGUCAUGAUGAUAUGUUGUACAAAAUGCUCUAGUAUUACAGGGGGUUUGAAGUUUAGAAUAUAAUGUCAGCAUAUUGGUUCUACAGCAUCAAGCUGUAGGUUGAGGAAUAGUCUACAUAAGACCUUUCAAAUGGUUGAAGUUUGAUAACAUUGUAAAAGUAAGGUGUUGACAUUGGGUUCUAAUCUUUAACACCUUGAAUACUUCUAUCCGACAACGGUAUAGAAGAAAUGGUACGGCAAAUGGAACCUAAUGUAUGAAAAUAAAUUAUUUAAUACGACUACACUA